CGAGGAAUGGUUAAGAAGAGAGAGACUCAAGACGCUGGUGCACCUGCUAAGAAGCCUAUUCAUAUUGAACUCCAACAGAAAGAUAAGGAGAUCAAGAGGCUUUCAGGCCAGAUUAAAGAAGCUACAAAGAAGAGAGACAAAGCUGGUCGCAAAGAUGCAGCUCAUAAGCAUAAAAAUAAGAUCACUCCAGGAAAAAUGAAGAAUAAGAUUAAACGUAUGGAAAUGGUCAGGUCCAUGAAGAAGGAAAAGGCCAAGAAAAAGAACCUCGUUAGACUCAAAAAGAAGCAGAUUAGGCUAGAGAAAGGGGAAGAUGCCUGCCCAAGAGGGAUCACCAAUACCAUUGAGACUAUGCGUGUUUAUGAAGAGACCUUUAUUGCCGAAGCUGAUGAAGAAAUCGAGGCAGAUGAGAAUAUUGAUGAGUUUAAUGAAUACUUCAAGGAGAAAACUACUCCUAAGAUCUGCAUGGUUACAAAUAGAAGACCUUCUAGAGGAGUUUUCCAGUUUUUAAAAGAGCUAAAGACUGUAAUCCCAAAUUUGCACUAUUAUGAGCGUAAGAAUUUUAAACUGAAAGAUAUCAUCGAGUUUGCUAAAAAUAGAGAAUACACAGAUGUUAUGAUUAUUUAUGAGAAGAGAGGAGAACCCCAUACCAUGAUCCUUAGUCAUUUACCUAAAGGACCCACUGCUACUUUUAGAAUUUCUGGAAUUAAACUGAAUCAUCAGAUUGCCAACCAUGGAAAUGCUGUAGAGACAAUGCCUGAAUUGAUUUUGAACAACUUUGAUACAAGAUUAGGUCACAGAAUUGGAAGGAUGCUGGCAGCUUUGUUCCCACAGAGACCUAAUUUCAAAGGAAGACAAGUAGUGACUCUUCAUAAUCAAAGAGACUUUAUCUUCUGUCGUCAUCACAGGUAUGAAUUUGUUAAGAAUGGUCAGAGAGCUAACCUCCAAGAGUUAGGUCCUCGAUUCACAUUAAAGUUAAAAACUCUUCAGCAUGGAACAUUUGACACAAAGUUUGGAGAAUUUGAAUUUAUCUAUCAUGCCAAAAUGGGGGAGAACAGAAAGAAAUUGUUCGUGUAA